UCUGUGGCAUGAAGAUACUAGGAGUGUCUCUACUCCCCCUGGAUGGGAUGCAAGGCUAUCGCAGGUUUUCCCCCAGCAUUAAAUUCGCUAGUACCCAUCUAUAUAUCUGGGUGGAGAGAGGCACUGUGAGAUCACAAUGUCCCCUGCCGGGGCUCGAAUUUGGACCGCUUGGUCCAGCGCGCUAAUCAUGAGGCUACCCCGGGGUCUUCCCUAACUCCGUUUCGGGGCCCAUCGCCAACCCUAUCCGACCCUACUACACAACGAAAUUCUGUAAAUUUUGCAAUUAAGUCAAAGCAAAAGAUAUUUGGAUUAUGUUUCAGUUAUCGUUUAGCCUGAAAUGAGCAAGUGAGCAAUCCGUAGCGUUAAAAUAAUUCAAUGAUUUGCGAAAUGACAGGCCGUAAUGACACGUUUUGCGGUAUGCGCAGGCCCCGAGCUGUUGAAAUUGACCUCAGCUGAUAAGGUCAAUGUUUCGGAGGAAUCUCAUGAAUGAAAUUUUCGAAGAUGGGAAGUUGCGGCGAAAUAACUUCAGAUCUCAAUGCCAAUAGCGCCGAGGAAAAUUUCGGCCUUCCUGAUUACAAAGUGCCAUUUGAGUUUCGUGAACCGUACAUUUUGUCCGGCUAUCGUCGCCCAAAGAUAUCUGCUUGGGAAUGUUUCCACAGCCUCUUCAAGCGAACCAACGAAACCAUCAAUGUCUGGUCUCACGUUGCCGCCUUUGCAGUCAUCGUUUGGCGCUCGAUCGUUGUUUUCACACAGCAUAAUCCACUUCACGAUGCAUUUGUUUAUCCGUUGCUAUCGUUUGCUGUUGGCACCUCCGCAAUGUUCUUCAUGAGUUCCGGAGCGCAUCUGUUCAACUCGAUGUCGAGCAAGACUCGCCAUGUUUGCUUCUUCUUCGACUACGCUGCUAUCAGUGUGUACGCCUUUUCUGUUGGACAAGCCUUUUACUUUUACUCAAGACCUCUGAGCACAGAUCAGGUACUGUUCCUCUCUUAUCCCGGUUAUGUGGUUGUGUGUGUUUUCGUUGCCAUUUUAUCCACGUACGCUUGCUGUGCUUCGAGACAUCGUUGGAUCGACUUCAAGUUUUUAAUUCGCACCGGAACCUUUUCUGCCUCUUUCUUUAUAAACACUCUGCCAUAUUGGCUUCGAAUGUAUCAGUGUACGUCACAAGUGGACUGCAAUGUUGUGUCUAUCCCUUAUUUCCAGCGCCAGUUCAUGUUGUUUGCCAUAGCUGCGGUCGCUAAUGGUAGCAGGUUGCCUGAACGACUCCUGCCCGGUGUUUUCGACUUCUGUGGUCAAAGUCAUCACUUUUUGCACGUUCUUUGCGCCAUUGGUUCAAUGGACGAGUUUACAGCCAUAUAUCUAGACAUGUCAGGAAGGAGGAAAGCUCUGGAAGAUUUGUCAGCUCUUCCCACGUUUACAAACAGUCUUCUGCUGACAUUGCUUGUGCUAGUUGGUAAUGUUGUUGUUGUAUUAUACUUUACAAAGUCCAUCAAACCAGUUGACAAUGCAGAGAAAAGAAAGGCUCGAGGUAAAGGCAAUUGAAUUACCAGAUUCUGGGCUUUGGAGGAAAAAAUUAGCUUUACAUGUAAAUAGUGAAUUCUGGAUUUUCCUCAAAGGAGAAAGAGAUAUUCCCUUUAACCACCUCCCCCCCUCUCCCAUCCUUUUAAAACUAUUUGUGUCUGACUCGUAAGGCCUUCCAAGGGGGUAGCCGUGUCACCAUGUCACAUACUUUUGUGUACCAAUGUUACCUAAUCAGCGGAACCAAAUGUUGCAGUUGUUUUUCUACAUGAACUCAUAUGUCGCUGUCACUAUUUGAUUUUUUCCUGUUUUUCCUGCAGUGUACGCUCUCUCAAAUAAUGCAGCUCAUGGUUUUAAAAUACCUUUUUCAAUGUUUAUGUUCAUCAUCUGUGUUUCCUGUCCAAAAGGGUCAAUGUCACUGUCUUUUCUAGUGCUUCUCUUGUCACUGUCAAAUUUUAGCAGCGUAUUCGACUCGCUUGUUACUAAUUAGAAAUUCCCAUGUCGUUGGUUUUCAGGGUCGUGUCACUUGUCCCUUUUACCCUUGGAAGGCCUCACUCAUGUUAUGUUGGUUUUCGUAGAUAAAUCAGAGGUGUUACUGUGUUACAGAGCCUGUGUGCAGCCACAUGUUCUCCUCAAGAAAAUUAACAGGAGUUAGUGGGGUAACAUUGAUCAUUAUGUUUCUCACAUGAAUUAUCAUUGCAUUAAAACCAUUUCAGUAGAGACAUCAAAGGGGAUGCUGUCUGCGCAUGUUCAGGGGCGUGCGUAGCUAGGGGGGUCCAGGGGUGCCCGUGAUCCCCCCUUUUGUAAGCCUUUUUUAAGCGAGCAACCUACAGCAGGUGGCAAAAGUGACAUUACAAUCUGGUGAGUACCCUCACUUUGACACAGUGUGAC